GAGUCAUUUUGAAUACUUCUCCCUCCAACAGGCAAAGCCUACCUUCCUUCCUCGUACACGCUACACAUACACACGUUUCUCUUUAUCCGUGUCUGCUUCAACCACAAUGCUGAACAAUUCGCACGAUAUAAACCCACCCUUUUCAUCCCUUUCACCGUCUUUGGAUCUAACAAACACCACCACCCAUUGAUCGGUUUUUGCUUCAUCCAAACUCAAUGGGUGCCGACGAAGACUACGAUUACUUGUUCAAGCUGGUCCUCAUCGGAGAUUCGGGUGUUGGCAAGUCCAACCUCUUGUCCCGAUUCACCCGAAACGAGUUCAGCUUGGAGACCAAAUCCACCAUCGGCGUCGAAUUCGCCACGCGAAGCGUCCCCGUUGAUAGCAAGCUCGUCAAGGCACAAAUCUGGGACACUGCAGGCCAAGAAAGAUAUCGCGCUAUUACAAGUGCAUACUACCGAGGAGCCGUAGGUGCUUUGGUUGUGUACGAUGUAACCCGACACGUGACAUUCGAGAACGUGGAGAGAUGGUUGAAGGAGCUUCGAGAUCACACAGAAGCAUACGUUGUGGUCAUGCUGGUGGGAAACAAAGCAGACCUUCGACAUUUGCGUGCAGUGUCCACAGAAGAAGCCACAGAAUUUGCAGAGAAAGAGAGCAUUUACUUCAUGGAAACCUCUGCCCUUGAGUCCUUGAACGUUGACAAUGCCUUCAUAGAAGUGCUGACUCAGAUAUACAACGUUGUGAGUAGGAAGACUCUUGAGACUGUGGAUGAUGACCCUUCUACGAAAGCCUUGCCCAAAGGGGAGACCAUAGUUAUUGGAACCAAAGAUGAUGAUGUCUCAGCUGUUAAAAAGAGUGGAUGCUGUUCCACAUAGUUUGUUUGAGAGAGAUAUACAAAAGAGUCUUUUGGUUAUGCAGUGUAACAGGAUGUUUUUGUGAACUCAUUGUUUUAUUUUGUUUAGUUCUUUUUUGGUUGGUGAUGUAUACGAUUGAUUGGCCUCAGCUGCCCUUUGUCGUGGACUUCUGGUCAUAAUACAGGUUUUUUUAUUCAAAUCCCUGCCUUGUUCUC